AUGUCUGCUCGUCGCCCUCAGAGCCAGAGCUUCGCCGAUGCGGCUGCAAAGCCAGCACCAGAAAGCAAUUCUGACGUCUCCCCAGCUGUUCCAACUGAUGUUAUCUACAAGCUACUGGGAUUCACAGCCGCUAUGGUCGUCGGGCCUAUUGGCAUGUAUUUCCUUACUGUGGACUCAAUAUUUGCAGGCAACGCGACAUACUCUGGAAUCACUGCGGCUAUUACAGCCAACGUGGUCCUUUUCGCCUACAUCUAUGUGGCCUGGAAAGAAGAUCAAGGUGACAGGGAAGAAGCCGAAAAGGCCAAAUCCAAGAAAGCCCAAUGA